AUGAAUUCAUUACCAUUUGAUAUAUUUUGCUCAAAACUUUCUGACUGUGAAGCAUCAAUAUCGGUUAUCACAGAGAUCUUAUCAGAAAACGACCCUAUAAAUUUUGAAAAAAUCUCCAAUGAAUUUGAAGUAUUGGGAUUUACAAAAGUAAAAGAUUUGGCACGAGCAACCCUUGGAAAAGCCAGCUCAAUGAAAUUGUGUGGGGAUUCUUUAACACUGCUUUAUGGAGCUAUAGAGAUUUAUAGUGAACAAUUGGAUAAUCUCCUAAAAUCUGCCAAAUCAGAACAUCAAAAUAGAAAUUUCAUCAGUACUCAAAAAAUAUGUAAAGAAUUACUUACACAUACACCAACAGACUUAAAUGUUAUAUUGCUUAAUGCCGAAUCAUUUUUCAACUGCGGAAACUAUGAAAAAUGUAUUGAUUGCUUAGAACUAGCAAACAAUAUUAAUCCCAAUUGUACCGAAGUUUUAAGUAACUUUGCAUUAGUUUAUAUGAAAAAAUCAGAAAAUGAUCUAGCAAACGAAUACUUAUUUAAAGUAUGUGCCAUCAAGCCUUAUUGUGCGGAGGCAUGGACGGAUUAUGCCGAUUUUUUAUCUGAGAUAAAUGAUUUAACUAAAGCUAAUUUAGCUUAUGAACGGGUUUUGAGUCUAAAACCCGAACUAUAUAAAGUUCGUAAUAAGUAUGGAAAAUUGCUAUUAAAAUUAAACAGAAUAAAAGAGGCUAAAAAGCAUUUUAAAAUUGCCAACAACUGUGCGACAGAAUGUCCAGAUACAUUAAACAAUUUAGCAGAUGUUUAUUAUAAGAUGGGUAAAUUUGGAAAAGCUAUUUCUAAGUAUAAAAAAGCUUUAGAAAUAAAUCCCGGUCUAAUGAGUGCUUCCUUUUAUUUGGGAACGGCUCAUCUAAAAGUUAAAGAGUACCAAAGCGCAGCGAAUAUAUUUUUAAAAGCACUUGAACUAGAACCAGAUAAUGUAUCCUUUUUAAGAAGUUUAGCAGUUACGUACUGUAUUCAAGAAAAUAUGUUAUUGUGUGUUGAAGUAUACAAAAAGUGCUUGAAACUUCAACCUGAAGACUUCAGUUUGAAUCUAGAAUUGGCUUUGAUAUAUUUGCAUAACCUUCAAAAUUAUGAAGAAGCUGUAAUAUAUUUAAAAAAAUGUAUCCAGUUAAAUCCAAAUAGAAUAGAUCUGUUCAAGAAUCUUUUUGUUGCAUAUCGGAAAUCUAAUGAUCGUCUUAAUGCGUCUGAUGCUUGCAUGUCAAUAGGUGAUUUGUACCUGGAAAGUGAUGAUCAAGAAAAUGCAAAAAAUGCAUUCUAUUGCGCGAUACUUUUGAACCCUGGAAAUGCAUUUGGUCAUUGGAAAUUGGGCCUGACUAUGUAUAAUCUGGGACAUUUGGAUUUGGCUCUUAAAAGGUAUAAACAUGCUAUAGAAUUAAAGCCGACGUUGGCCAAUGCUUAUUGUGAUAUUGCCAUAAUAUAUGAAGAAUAUGGUAUUUCAGAAAAGGCCAUAGAUUAUUAUAAAAUGGCUAUACAGUUGCAACAACCUACUCAUUAUAACGCUUGUUUGAAUUUAGCCAAUAUUUUAUAUAGACUGAAUAUAAAUCUAAAUGAUGCUCUAACACAUUAUGAAAAAGCAUUAGAAUAUGACAAUACAUCUGUUGAAAUUUAUAUAAAUAUGGGAAAUAUAUAUACAGAAUUAAACAUGAUUAAAGAUGCAUUACGUUGCUUUUAUAUGGCAAUUCAGCAUGAUCCACAUUGUUUAGAAGCUUACAUUUAUAUAGGUUCUAUACAAAAAGACAGUGAUAAUUUCAUUGAAGCAAUUCGUGCUUAUGAAUUUGUAUUAAAAUUAAAACCAGAUCUUCCAGACGUAUAUUGUAAUUUAGUACGAUGUUUACAAACAAUUUGUGACUGGUCAGACUAUGAUGCACACGUAAAAAAAUUACAAGAAAUUGUUAACAAACAACUGAAUGAUGAAGACAUUUUGUCCUUAUUACCUCACGAUGCAUUAAUGUUUCCUCUAUCGAUAGAAGUACAAACUAAAAUUGCUUCUAAGUAUGCAAAACAUUGUGUUGAAAAAUUGAAAAAUUCAAUUGAAGGACCUCAACAAUUUGUUCAUCCAACAUCUUUAAUAUCUUCCAAUGGAAAUCUCAGGAUUGGUUUUGUAUCAACCAACUUUGGUAAACACCCAAUAACAACGAUUAUGGAAUCUUUGUCCAGCCUACACAACUACCAAGUUGAUGUAAUUUGUUAUUCUAUAUCUUCAAAUGAUAACAUUCCAUCCUGGUUGAAUCUCUUUGAACAUCAUAAAGAUUUAUCACAACUGAAAUUUAUUGAUGCUGCUAAAGUUAUAAAUAACGAUGGAAUCCAUAUUUUGGUUGACAUGAGUGGUUAUACCAAGGGUGCUCAAACUGAGAUAUUUGCUUUAAGACCAGCUCCAAUUCAAGUUUCGUGGCUUGGUUGUCCUAGUACCAGUGGUACAACAUUCAUGGAUUACUUGAUUACAGAUAAAAUAUGUUCUCCUCCUGAACUUCAACAUUUAUAUACUGAAAAAUGGGUUUAUACAAAUCAAACUAUUUUUGUUGGCGACCACAAACAGAAGUUUUCUAAUUUACGACAGCGCAAAGCAGUCGUAGAUAAUACAAAUAAUAUUACGCAUCAAGGCAUUUAUCUUAAUGGAAAUGAUGUCAAUGAUAUAGUAUCAGUUGAAACCUCAUAUAUUGAAGAAGAACUCGCAGACUCUGUGAAAUCUUACUAUAGAUCAAUGUUCAACUUACCAGAGAAUGUUGUUGUUUUUUGUAAUUUCAGUAAACUGUAUAAAAUAGACCCAUUUACUUUUCGUAUGUGGCUAAAUAUUUUAAAUAAUGUUCCUAACUCUGUACUAUGGCUUCUACAUUUGAAUGAUAUUGCUGAAAAUAACUUAAGAACAUUUGCUGAUGAUUUAGACUUUGAUACAUCACGCAUCAUUUUUGCUGACUUUCUUCCUAAGUACCAACAUUUGAAUCGAAUCCAGUUGGCCGAUAUAUAUUUGGAUACACAUUUAUGUAAUGGACACAUAGCUUGCUUGGAUGCAAUAUGGGCAGGAGUUCCAGUAAUUACAUUUCCGGGAGAUACAUAUGAAUCUCGUGUAACGGCCUCACAAUUGACUACUUUAGGAAUCACUGAUACUAUUGCUCAAAAUGAAGAAAAUUAUAUUGAAAUUGCAAUACAAUUGGGAUUGAACAAACUCGCUUUGGAAAAUAUCAGAAAAAAUAUUUGGGAAUUUAAAAUGCGUAGUGAUCUGUUUGAUAUAAAUGUUUAUGCAAAAGAUAUUAUUUUAAUCUUAAAAAACAUGUGGAAAAACUAA